CGCAGUUGUGCCUUUGUGUGUCUGACUGCAGAGCCAAGUAGCUUGCUAGCAGCAGCGACUAGCCUCCAUCAGACGACACAGGGACAGCUACCAGGGUUAGCUAAGCAGCUAAUCAUGGUGAAUGUAAAAAAACGGAAAGGUCGAGUCGUUAUCGACUCUGACUCAGAAGACAGCGCCAGCGACGACAAUUUAGAUCAGGAGUUGUUGUCACUGGCGAAGAGGAAGAGAGUUGACUCUGGGGAGCAGGAAGAACCUGUCAGCAAACCAGCAGCAUCCACAGACUCCGAGACAUCAGACAGCGAUGAUGAGUGGACUGUUGGGGGCACCAAAGGAAAGAGGAAGGCUAAGCAGGGAAAAGGAUCGGAGAAGAAAAACACAAAAAAAAAGAAGCUUAAUAAAGCGAACGCUUCAGGCAGCUCGGAUGGCGACAGCUCAGCUGAGAGCUCUGCACCUGAAGAAGGUGAAGUGUCGGACUCGGAGAGCAACAGUUUGUCCACAAGCUCCGACUCAGACUCCUCAGAAGAUGAGGUGUUCAAGGACGGCUACGACGACGACCUGAUGGGCGACGCCGAAGAUCGAGCUCGCCUGGAGCAGAUGACGGAAAAGGAGAGAGAACAGGAGCUGUUCAACAGAAUUGAAAAGAGAGAGGUGCUGAAAAGACGGUUUGAAAUUAAGAAGAAGUUAAAGACGGCAAAAAAGAAAGAAAAGGAGGAGAAGAAAAAGAAGCAGGAGGAGGAGCAAGAAAAAAGGAAGCAAUCUCAGGUUCAAGACACACAAGUGGUCAUGUCUCACAACAAGGAGAGGCGAUCCAAACGUGACGAAAAACUUGACAAGAAAUCCCAGGCCAUGGAAGAGCUGAAAGCUGAACGUGAGAAGAAGAAGAACAAAACAGCCGAGCUGCUGGCCAAACGUCUGCCUCUGAAGGCCAGCGACGUGUACUCCGAUGACGAGGAGGAGGAGGAGGAAGACGACGACAAGUCAUCGGUCAAGAGCGACCGGAGCUCACGCUCGUCCUCGUACGACGAUGAUGAAAAGGAGGAAACUCCUCCGAAGUCUCAGCCUGUUUCUCUACCGGAUGAGCUGAACAGGAUCCGCCUGUCCAGACACAAGCUGGAGCGCUGGUGCCACAUGCCUUUCUUCGCCAAGACUGUGACCGGCUGUUUCGUCAGGAUAGGAAUCGGGAACAGCAGCAGUAAACCAGUUUAUCGGGUCGCUGAAAUUGUGGACGUAGUAGAAACGGCAAAGGUUUACCAGCUUGGAUCGACGCGAACAAACAAGGGAUUGCAACUACGGCACGGUGGAGACACUCGGGUGUUCAGGCUCGAGUUCGUUUCAAAUCAGGAGUUCACAGAAAGUGAAUUCAUGAAGUGGAAAGAAGCGAUGAUAGUUGCUGGCAUGCAGGUACCAACGCUUGAUGAGAUCACCAAGAAGGAGCAGUCCAUCAAAGAGGCCGUCAACUAUAAAUUUAACGACAAAGAUAUUGAGGAUAUCGUCAAAGAAAAGGACAGAUUCCGAAAAGCUCCUCCAAACUACGCCAUGAAGAAGACGCAGCUACUCAAAGACAAGGCCAUGGCGGAGGAGAGUGGAGACGGUGACCGAGUGAAGGUGAUCCAGGAUGAGCUGAAUGAGCUGGAGGAGAGGGCAGAAGCUCUCGACAGACAAAGGACUAAAAACAUCUCCGCAAUCAGCUACAUCAAUCAGAGGAACAGAAGCUGGAAUAUUGUUGAAUCUGAGAAAGCUCUGGUGGCUGAAGGGCAAAAUGCCAAAAACCAGCAGAUGGAUCCUUUCACGCGGAGGCAGUGCAAACCCACCAUGGUGUCAAAUGCCAGAGAUCCGUCGGUCCAUGCAGCUAUCCUCGCUCACCUCAACCAGAAAUACGGCUCCGGAUCGGCGGCAGCAGAUCCUUCCAACGCGGAGAAGAACAAACUGGGUCAAGUAAACCCAAAAGACAAAGAAGUCCCCAAGCCAACCACUGACCUCUCAGAAGACUUGUUUAAAGUUCAUGAUUUUGAUGUAAAGAUCGAUCUGCAAGUUCCCAACGCAGAAGCGAAGUCGCUGUCUGUGAGCUCCAACGCGCUGCCUGUGAAAGAUGGCGCCCCCCGCAGGUCCCUCAACCUGGAGGACUACAAGAAGAGGCGGGGGCUGAUCUAAUGCGGCCAGCGCCUCCUUCAGAAAUCACAUUGCAUGUGUAACAGACCGUGCAGCAGAGAGUCUAUGUGUGUGUGUGUGUGCGCAUGCGUGCGUGGCUGAGGGAAAGUGACAAGAGUGUAUGUGUGUGUGUGCGCGAGAGAGAGAGUGACUCCCAUAGGACGUGUGUUUGAAUGUCGAUACAAGAAGAGACUGUUGGUCCAAACCCAGAGGAAAUACUGAUUCAUCAAAGGAAACAUUUUUCGCAAAGAAUCUCUCUUCGAAGAAAACUUGUGCAAAUGUCCCCCCAUUAUUACAGACAAGUGUAUACUGACUUGUGAGUGUGUGAGCGUGUUUUUUUUUUUUUUUUUUUUUUUUUUUUUUUACGUAUUUAACUUCUACUCCACCCGUUUUUGGAUCUUUGGGAUUUUUUUUUUUUCCCCCUGAAAGGAAAAAGCUCUUCUGGAUUAUCUGAUCGAGGACACGUUUUUGAGCAUACUGGACAGUUAACAAAGCCAAUCAGCUUUGUCCUCAUCCACAAUGAAUUAAUGUUGUAAGACCCCCCCUAAUGUCACAUGUAUCUUCAUCCUCUGUCCAUCCUCAAUUCGAACAACCUCGUGUAAAUGGAGACCAUGACAACGGCCUUUUACAGUCACAGAGAGAAGUGCAGUCCUCAUCAAUGGGACAUUUACCUCUUUUUAAGAUUUUGAAAAGAAAAAAAAAACUACAUUCAAGAGGCACUUUUUUCUAUGGCUGAGCUACUCCUAAAGGAAUUGUUGCUUUGUUUUUUUUGUUGUCUUUCUGUUGGUUGUUCAUGGGGUAAGUUCCGCUGCCCUUCACUUUGAGCAGAUACUUUGUGUUCUCAUGUCCAUGGUCAGUACCUGUAUUGAUGUGGCAUGCCAUGUAAAUAUGCAUUUUCGAGUGAGUGCGGACAAAAUAAAGAGGCACUGUUUCAUAA